AUGGAUUCGGCCCUCAAUAUUGUAUAUUUAUUGCUCGGCGGCAUUUCACUUAUCCUGAAGCAACUGAUCUACUGGCUAUUUUCACUCCUCUACUUUCUAGCCACCCCUUUCCUCUAUUGCUUGCAAGUUUUCCUGUCACUGGCGUUCUUGCCGGUGCGACUUUUGAUUAAGUUUGAGCCACUUAUAUACUUUGUGACUGGAGCUGUGCUUACCGGUGUCACGGUGGGCCUGUUGCUGCAUUUUACUGGCGGUGUCUUGUCACAACUGCUCCGGAUACAAUCCAGGAAACUACUGAUACUGAAGGAAGUAGUUCCUGAAAAUUCAUCUCUCGACUGGGAGUUCAAAUGGGAGGAUCGUCUUCAGCAGACCACUAUUCUUGAGGAAGAGAGUAGCGAGGUUUCAGCGUGA